UGGAGACCCUUCCUAGGGCUUGAAGAUGCUCCCCGGGCUCCUCCCGCCCUCAAGGAAGACCAAGACCUGGACUCCCAGGUCUCCUCCGCUGGGCUGGGCACCAUCCUGAGACCCGACGAGCCCAGGUCCCACUCUUACUUCCAGAGCGUCUCUGUCACCACAGUGACUCUCCCUGACGGGGCGGUGGAGGAGCGCCGCACCGUGCAGGACAGCCAGGGCCGCCGGGAGACCACGGUGACACGGCGGAGAGGGGACCAGGCCUUCAUCAGCACCACCAGGGAGCACGGGCAGAGCAAGGACUACCGCGAGGAGGUGCUCAACAUGGAUGACCGGGAGCUGGCACAGUUUGCUGGCACGUGGCCACAGCAAGAAGAGAUUCCUGCUGCCAACCUGGGCCCCUCAUCUGCGCUGGGCAGCUUCCUCCGACGCUGGUUCUCGAGCUGGUAGCUAUUUCCAGUCCUGAUUGAGCAGCCCACAUGUGUUUCAGAUGGGUCAGAUCUUGCUGGGAAGUGGUGCCUGGGCUGGAGGCUGUCCACCUUCUGCAGCGCUGCACAGCCACAGGGAGCCCUGUGGGGAUCAAGUGUGUGUGUGUACAGAGCAAUAAAGUCUAUUUAUGCUAAACGGUGACCUUC